UGUGCUCUAUUUCUCCAUUCACCGGUAUGAACACGGCGACUUCUGGCCCCACCUGCCGGAGUCGGACUGCACCACCGUCGGGGGAGGCUUCGGCCGAGGCUACAAUGUCAACGUGCCCUGGAACAAGACGGGCAUGUCAGGUGCAGAUUACAUCGCGGCCUUCCACAACAUCCUGAUCCCCAUCGCACACGAGUUCCGACCUCACCUUGUCCUGGUGGCUGCUGGGUUCAAUUGCACUAUUGGAGACUCUCAGGGGAAAAUGCUGGCGUGCCCAGCCUCUUUCGCCCACCUCACUUACAUGCUGAUGCCUCUCGCCUCUGGAAAAUUGAUCCUGUCCCUGGAGGGAGGCUACAAUCUACGUGCCACAGCAGAAUCCGUCUGUGCCUGCCUGAAGAUUUUACUGGGUGACCCCUGCCCCCAACUGGAACUACCCUACUCGCCCAGGCAGAGUGCCCUGGAGUCAAUAUCCUCCGUCAUUGCUGUUCAUCGCAAGUACUGGAAGUGCCUUAUGAACCCAGAGACGGGCAUCUUCCGCAACACCGCCCACGCCCACCCCAGGCGGAAAGAUGUCACCAACGUAGAGGACACACUGGACCGCAUCAUGCAGGAGGUGAUGAAACCCGUCGCCCCACAUCGGACCGGGCUGGUGUACGAUGAAGCCAUGAAAGAACAUUACAACAUGUGGGACCCGGAUCACCCUGAGAACCCACAGCGAAUAUCCCAAAUAUUAGCCCGUCACCAGGAGCUGCAUCUGGUGGAGAGGUGCCUGUCCAUUCCUGCCAAGCUGGCCACCGAAGCUGACCUGGACCUGUGCCACGACCGGAAUUACAUCAAUGUCCUGAAGGCCUCGGAGGGCUCCAAGCCUCGCGAGCUGCACCACCUGUCGUCCGAGUACAACUCCAUCUUCAUCUGCACCCGGACCUUCAACAGUGCCCUGUUGGCCGUGGGCUCCACCUUCAGUGUGGUGGAGGCGGUGCUGCAGGGGAAGGUCUCGAACGGGGUGGCAAUCGUUCGCCCUCCAGGUCAUCAUGCCGAGAGCGACCACGCCUAUGGCUUCUGCUUCUUCAACAACGUGGCGCUGGCCGCCCGUCACGCACAAAAACUGACCAGGAAUGACCUGAGAAUACUGAUUCUGGACUGGGACAUUCACCAUGGCAACGGGACACAGCACAUGUUUGAGGAUGAUCCCAGCGUCCUAUACAUCUCGCUGCACCGCUACGACAACGGCAUUUUCUUCCCCUACUCGGAGGACGGCAACUACGACAGGGUGGGCGUGGCCAGCGGCGAGGGCUUCAACGUCAAUAUCCCCUGGAACGGGAAAAGGAUAGGGGACUCGGAGUACAUGGCUGCCUUCCAGCGCAUCAUCAUGCCCAUCUGUUACCAGUUUCAGCCAGAGCUGGUGCUAAUCUCAGCCGGAUUCGAUGCUGCCCGCGGAGACCCACUGGGGGGGUAUCAGGUCACCCCUGAGUGCUACGCUCACAUGACCCACAUGCUGCAGUCGCUGGCUGGCGGCAAAGUGGUGGUGGUGCUGGAGGGUGGUUACAACUUGACCUCAAUCUCAGAAUCCAUGUGCAUGUGCACAAGGACACUGCUGGGUGAUACGCCGCCCUAUCUCGAGCCGCUGAACACUCCCCUCCCCAGCGCCCUUGACACCAUCAGCAACGUGAUCCGUACUCAUCGGAACUACUGGUCUUGUCUUCGUGUGCUGAUUGUUGAAGUGGAACCGCUGAAGCAGCCCGCAAUUAGCCGAGUAGUCCCCCUAUGGGGGCAAGAAGAACCGCAGGUGGAGCCACCUGGUAGUGCUUCGGUCAGAAGAGGGUCAUUGUGGGCUCUGACAGACAACAGCCCUCAGGUGGAGCCACCCGGUAGUGCUUCGGUCAGAAGAGGGUCAUUGUGGGCUCUGACAGACAACAGCCCUCAGGUAGAGCCACACAGUGCUGCUGUCGUCAGGAGAGGGUCAUUAUGGGCUCCAACAGACAACAGCUCUCAGGUCAAUGAGACCAGGGCAGAAUUGAAAGAAAGCCAGCAGUUGGAUUCCACCCAAGAGUCCGAACAGGAUCCCGAGAUUCAGCAAAAGAGGCAUCCUUCCCUGCGGCCUCAAAUACAACUUCCAGCAGUUCUCUUGAACCUGGAAACCGAAGAGCAGCCCUUGGACGCCAAGCACCUUCUGCUGUGGCCCCAAUUCUCCACAGUGCCCAGCCUGGACAUGACUAAGGAGUCGUUGCUGCUGAGCCAGCAGAAAGAGGGGCCCUCCUGGGAGCACCAGAGGAGUCCUGAGGGGCAGCCAACCUCGCUGGGGGCCCGCCGGAAGAACCUUGUCGAUGUGGACGCUGAAGCAACCGCAAAUCAGUCCCGCCGGUUGACGGAGGCUAGAGCAUCCAUCCCAACCCAGCAAGACACGGACCUCUCGUCCAACUCCUCCAAGGGUCAGUCCGAGAGUGAGGAUGAAGCGGAGAGAUGGAAGGGCCGCUGUCCCGUUCCUCCUGUGCCACUGUACAAGCUGACCACGGAGCCGGGGACAGUCUACGCGGUGACGCCACUGACCAGCUGCCCUCAGCUGAAGGCUGUUCGGCCGGUGCCAGACAGCGGCCUGGACGUGUGGCAGCCCUGUCAGGAGUGUGGAGCCAAGGGGGAGAACUGGGUCUGCCUCAGCUGCUAUCAGGUGUACUGCGGGCGCUAUGUCAAUGCGCACAUGGAGGGUCACUGGCGCGAGAGUGGGCACCCGUUUGUGCUGAGCUACGCUGACCUGUCGGCCUGGUGCUACGACUGUGACGCCUACGUCCACCACGAGGUGCUGUUGCCAGUCAAGGAGGAGGCACAUCGCAUGAAGUUUGGGCAGGGAAUGGCCGGCUAAUGGGAGGACGGUGGCUGCCGUGUGGCUGGGGUGGGGGGGGGGGGUGUGCAACAGUCUCUGGAACAGACCCCUCCCCGCCGACCCACUGCACACCAUCAGGCAAGCUAACAAUGACAGGGAUCUACCUCCUGGAGCUGCCUGCCCGGAGGCAUUCUGCCAAAGAACAGUACUGUUCCAAAGGGAGGGAGUUUCUCCUCCAUCGAUAUAUCUGGGAUGGGAUAAGCGCAUUCUCAGUUAUCUGAUGUACACACACCCAAACUCACUCACACUUCCUUUUUGUCUCUCUCUGUCUCUUUCUCUCUCUCUCUCUCUCUAUGCCUCUCUGUCUGUUUCUCUCUCUCCCCAUCAUUUCUGCCUCUAUCACUCUACCUGUCUCACACACACACAUAACCUAGCAGAAAUACAUAAUGCACACAAUUGACGCACACUAUGACGCAUGCACAUACUCUCUCUUUUUCUCUCUGUCUGUCUAUCUGUCUCUGUUUAUGUCUCUCUCUCUCACUGUCUGUCACUCUGUCUCUCUCUCUCUGUCACUGUCCUCUCUCUCUCUCUCUCUCUCUCUCUCUCUCUGUCUGUGUCACUGUGUCCAUCUCUGCCUCUAUCUCUCUAUCUGUUUCAAACACACAGAAUGCUCACAAUGACGCACACAAGCCCUGACGUGCACACGGACACGUCACACACACGCACUCACACUCUCUCUCUCACUCACACACGGAUGCCCCGCCCUCCACAUUCCAGGAUCCCCAACUGCCUCCCCCAGCCUCGGGCCUCCAUUUUCUUUUUACGCUGAUUCCCUGUUACCGUGUAACACCUUUUAUUUGUAGAAAUGUUGAUUAAAACUGUUGGUGUUUUGAUGAA